AUGGCUACGAAUACUGCUCCCGUUACAGGUGAUAGGAGCACAGUACUCUCUUAUCGUCGAUGCAUUAUACUUGCAAUCAUUGGAUCAACCCCAACUAGUAGCCCUGUGCUGUCUCAGAUUUUGGAACAGGGCUUCUUGAAAACUACAAGAAAAUGGUUAGACGAUCUUCUCAACAAGUCCGUCGGUGGCGUCGAUCUACUCCUACAUAUGCUAACAAAUAUUACAAACCUUCCCGUUACAAAGUCAGUAGUCAAGGACUCUGGAAUGGGUAAAGCUAUUGGAUCCUUAGAUAAACAUAAAAUUUAUGCCGGAACACUGAACGAGGACCCCAUUAAGCAGCGAACUAAAUUACUCAAAGAAGCUUGGAACAAAUCUGUAAAGGCACGAAAGGAAGCAAAACCAGCCACCGUUGGAACUAAGCGCGAAGUUGCUGCUCCGACCAGUGAGCCUAUCAAAAAGAAAGCUAAGACAGAGAGCUCGUUUUCUAGUUUGCUGAAAAAGGUCAAUCCAAAAACUCUUCCAAAAGUAGCUGCCGCAAUUGAAAAAGCCGCAUCAAAAUCUGAAUCGCAAGAAGGACAAAUAGCAGGAAGUGCAAGCAAAAUUCUAUCGUCGAUUGCUGGGCCAAACAAUAAGAAGAUGAAGCGAGUGAAAUGGUCCGAUCACUUUGGGGGUAACAUAAUCGCAUAUUUAGAUGGUAGUACUGUUGAAGUGAAAAUUGAAGGUGCGGAGCCAUCGGACAUGUCUGAUCGUCGCAAACGUGACCGUCUACGCGAAAAGGAAUUGUUGGCAAAAGCAAAGCGAUCGAAACUCAUGGAUGACGAUGAUGAUGACAUGCCGAUGACAACGGCCAGUAGUUUACCAACAAUCAAAACAACGAUUGAUUGGCACGCUCCGGCUUUGUUGCCAGCUUUGGAUGAUGUAGUUCCUCCGCAAGUGAACUCGCUUGAAAUUGCAACUCAGUCUACUAGGAUUGCUAGCGCUGCGGCUGCGACAUACUUUGAAGGAUCCGUUCCCAGCAAUCCCGCUCCACUUAGUGAUGUAGAACAGGCGCUUGAUAUGGCAUCUCAGACUUCAGCUGUUCUACAGCCCAUUCCUUUCUUUCCACCGCAAGCUCCUGUACCGGAACCGGCGCCAGCGCCUGUCCCACAACAUACUUCUUAUGCUCCUCCUCCCCCAGCAAGCCUUCCACCACCAAGCAGUAUGGGUAUGCCUCCUCAAUUAAAUCAAUCCUCAGCUGUUGCAACUCCCGAAGUUGUUCAGUCUCUUGGAUUACCAAUGUUCCUCGUCGGACAAAACGUUCAAGCGCUGGAAACCCUGGCAAGGAAUCCCACCUUGCUUGGCACCUUCGUCGAUGGAAACGGGAUGUAUGACCAAACACGAAUCACCAGUCUUGUGCAAACAUUGACACAAAAUAUUGCCCCUACGCCGCCGCAAGGAGGAAUUGCUGGAGGUUAUCAGCAACCAACUCCGUCGUCUAGCUACGGAUCGGGGAUGCAGCAGCAGUAUGGUAGCUCAUCUGGUGGGGGUGCGUACGGACCCACUUCCGGUGGGUAUGGACAAAGCCAACCAAUACAAAGCCAGUACGGUGGAUCCAGUUCUUGGCAACAAGGCGGUGCUCCAAGGACUGGCGGCGGCUACCAAGCCCGAACCAGCACAGAAGGAAAUCUGCAUUUGAGCGGUUACGGUCCUUCGACAACGGAGGCAGAAAUCAUUGCCUUGUUCUCCCAGUACGUUCAAGUUGACGAAGUCGUAAUGAAGGGAACUUUCUGUUUUGUAAACACGAGCAAUCCAGAGGGCGCGAAAAUGGCCCGCGAAUCGUUAACUGGAGCUCUACUGGGCGGUUCACCCGUCCGCAUUAACAUGGCUCAAAGAAAGAAUCGUGAUAGUGCACCUUCAGGUGGAAAUGGCAGUGCUUCCGCCUAUGGCAAUGCUGGCAUGAAUGGAAUGAGCAAUAUGGGGAUGUAUGGGCAGGCCGGCAGUGUACCCGGUGUUCCUUCGAUGCAAACUCCAGCCCCCAUGGCUCAAGGCGAGAAUGUCCGAGAUGAUCGUGGGAACCCAGCAACAAAGAAUUUGUUCGUUGCUGGUUACGGUGCUGGCACUUCGGAGCUCCAAAUUCGGGAGACUUUUGGUCAAUAUUGUACCAUUAUUGGGAUCAUUAUGAAAGGGUCAUUUAGUUUUGUAAACACAUCUGAUCGUAUGGCUGCAAUUCAAACUCGUCAAGCGUUGUCCGGGACAAUGCUGAAUGGCGGAGUACUGAGAAUUAACUUUGCCAAGGAGACUGGCCGUCUUGGAACUAGUUUUGACUUGACCUACGGUGGUACAGUAAAACCACCCGGUGGUGGCGGUGGUCCUCCCUCUCACUACGGUAGACCAUACUAG